UAAAGCCUCGCUCGCACACGGACGCCCGCUACUCGGCUAACGACGUCGGCAGCAGCAGCAGCUUCGUGCUCCGGGCGACACAUAUCCGCCCCGAGGAAACCACAGUUAGGGGUUAGACUACUGAGACGACGCGCUGGUUUGUGGUACAACUAAUAAUAGUAAUAAUAACAUUAAUUUAAAAAAAACAGGGUUUGAUAGGCGCAUGCGUACUUACUUUAGCUCCUAGGCUAACCGCGCUAGCUCGAGGGAGAAAGGCCGCAGAGUUGACACUUACGUCAGUUAACCGACGAAGCAUCCUGGCACCAGCACCGCCGGGACCCACGACGACAAGAUAGGAUGGCUUUGAAAAGGAUUAACAAGGAGCUUCAUGACCUGGCUCGUGACCCCCCAGCACAGUGCUCCGCUGGCCCAGUGGGUGAUGACAUGUUUCACUGGCAAGCCACAAUCAUGGGCCCUAGCGACAGUCCAUAUCAGGGGGGGGUUUUCUUCCUGAAUAUUCAUUUCCCAACAGACUACCCCUUCAAACCACCCAAGGUUGCGUUCACAACAAGAAUUUACCACCCAAAUAUUAACAGUAACGGCAGUAUCUGUCUGGACAUUCUCAGAUCGCAGUGGUCUCCAGCACUUACCAUUUCUAAAGUUCUUCUCUCCAUUUGCUCACUCCUAUGUGACCCCAACCCCGAUGACCCCUUAGUGCCAGAGAUCGCACGAAUCUACAAAACAGAUACCUGCAAGUACAAUAAACUAGCUCAAGAGUGGACAGCCAAGUACGCCAUGCUUUAGGGGGGUACACCAAACUGGCAAAAGAAUGGACACAAAAAUAUGCAAUGUGAUGGCACGGUCUGGAAAAACGUUUUCUCUGGUUCAGACUGAAAAUUUGUGGAAAUUUUUUCUUUUUUUUUCUUUUUCACUUUUUUUUUUUUUUUUUUUUUUUUUUUGGGUUAAUCAGCAUUCUACGCCCGCUUUCUCCCCGCGCGCUAAUAAGAAGAUAGUGUUUUCCACUCGAGGCACGCGCCAGUUUCUGGGAGUCUUUCCCCACGUAGACGAGUUCUGGCACACGUCGGGUGAUUCUUACUCUGCGGAGUCUCCCCGUGUUCAUAGUUCGGCGUCCAUUCGGCAGAAAGAUGGGAGCAGAAACUGGCUCGGUGGCUCCUGUGACCACCUGUAGGGUUAAUGACAUCAUUAUAUUAGCAUAGUAAACAUGAACACUUGCACCAUGGGGGUGUGUACACCGCAGUCUACUCGGGAGUGUAGUAUGUUAUGCAUGUUCAGCAAGUCAAACAUUACAAGGUUCGUAAGUUGGAAGAAUUUGGUUCCCCUCCGAAGCCUUUUAUUGCUUUUUUUGUUUCCUAGGAGCCAGUAGAUGAGGUCUCGGCUUGUACCCACUUAAACACUGUCUUCUUGUAGCCCUCAAAGUAUUGAUUGGAAGCCUGUGGUUGAUGAUCAACUUGUGGCUCUGUUUUUAGUUUCCCUUCAAUAAAGUUACUUAAACCUUAAAA